AUGAUAACACUCGCACUGUUCGUGUCACUCCUUUCGGCGGUAACAAGGCGUUAUUCUGGUAAGUAUGUCCAUUUGAUUUAUAACAUUUUCAAUUGUUAAUUUCAUAAUAACUGAGAGAUUUCUUGUGCGCUAUUUGGUCUUCGAGAGCUAUGGUCGAUGUAAAUUUUNUGUCCAAGUGGAUUUGAGUGAUCCCUUUAAUUGAAUUCUUCUAAAUUCUUUUCAAUGAUCCCCCCUUGGGUUCUCAUUUAAGAAUGAUCCCCCGUUCUGUUCUCCUAAAAAGUCAAGUGACCCACCAAAAAAUCCUCCGACCACCCCCCUCCCCUCCCCCUGGGCGAUAAAUAAUGACUGGUCCCUAAACUUUAACUCCUUCCCAGAUCUGAUGCCAUAAUGAUAACACUCGCACUGUUCGUGUCACUCCUUUCGGCGGUAACAAGGCGUUAUUCUGGUAAGUAUGUCCAUUUGAUUUAUAACAUUUUCAAUUGUUAAUUUCAUAAUAACUGAGAGAUUUCUUGUGCGCUAUUUGGUCUUCGAGAGCUAUGGUCGAUGUAAAUUUUAGGAUGAAAAUUUUUUGAAUUUUUUAGGAGCAGCCAUGAAUGUCUCGAGUGGGAAGUUAUAGACGCGGGCGCAUCUAGAAGCCCACGACCGGCCCAGGGCACGGCAAGCGUUAUCAUCUUCCGCCUUCAGCCACGGCUUGUAACACUUACAACGACCUUGAUCAACCUCAUCCAAUAAUUGCAUUGUUCAUUAUCGUUAAGUCACAAGAAUCAAAGGUGCCCAAUUUGAUCUUUUUUAGCUUCGAAAUGCCGUGAAGAGUGGAGCGAAUUUGAAGGCUUUGGCUACAAGGUUAUCGAUAGGCUCGGUUUACCGCGGAAAUUUGGCUGGUCAACAGCUUUAAGCGGGUGUUUGGGGUUUGGAGGAGACCUGGUAAGCAUAUCAAAUGAAAAGGAAAUCAAGUUUGUCCAUGACAUGGCUUUCAAGGACGCAAAACGCACUUCUGUCUGGAUUGGGUUGGCGUAUCGGCAUCAAAAGGGUGGAUAUGUAUGGAACAAUGGAGAAUCGUUUAACAUUUCUGUUUCCGUCCAACGGCUCGGCAACAUGUCGUGA